AUGGUUGCAAUCGCUGAAACAGUUGACACACAAAGUCUCCUCAACAUCAACAUGAUGAACAUCACUAAACUCACAUCAACAAACUACAUGACAUGGAGCCUCCAGGUUCACUCCCUCCUUGACGGCUACGAUCUUGCUGGAUAUGUCGAUGGCACUUCCGUUCCUCCAGAUUCCAUGCUCACUACCUCAGAUCCGCCUACUCCAAAUCCAGCCUAUGCGACAUGGAGACGACAAGAUAAGCUCAUCUUUAGUGGGCUUCUUGGUACCCUCUCUCCCGCCUUGCAGUCCCUGGUGUCUAAAACCAAAUCUUCUGCUGAGAUGUGGAAGACAAUCUCUGCCACCUAUGCUAAUCCAAGUUGGGGUCACAUUCAACAACUUCGUCUCCAGAUCAAGCAAGCUGUUAAAGGUGACAAAACCAUUGAUGAAUAUAUGCAAUCUCUCACUACUAGAUUUGAUCAACUUGCUCUCCUUGGUAAACCACUUGCACAUGAAGAGCAACUCGAGUACAUCUUUGGUGGUCUUCCAGAAGAUUACAAGACUGUCAUUGAUCAAGUGGAGGGUCGUGAGACUCCACCAUCGAUUAUUGAGGUGCAUGAGAAACUCAUCAACAAAGAAGCCAAGCUUCUCGCUGCUGCUCUGUCUGUUGUCACCACUGGACCCACUUCUGCUCAUGUUGCCACCAAUCGGUCAUCUCACGCCUCCGGAAAGCAGUCUUAUCGUCCUCACCAGCCAUGGAACAACAACAACAACAACAACAAGUAUCGUCAUCAAUACUCACGACAAGAUACUCGUAUGACUAGAGGCUAUCAAGGCAAGUGCCAAAUCUGUGGUGUGUUGGGCACAGUGCCAAACGGUGCUCUCAGCUUCAACAACAGCCACACUUUGGCUCUCAAAGUGGUCUGCUUCCGCCUCCCUUCCGUCCGUGGCAACCACGUGCAAAUCUGGCGGUCGGACAUCAACAACCAACAACCUCAUGGCUCCUUGAUAGCGGUGCUACUCAUCACAUGA